AUGCCGGACAAAUGUUGCAUCCGUGUCCAACAAUUUCACACUCUCCCUGAAGGUCCAGACUGUGGGAAGCCAGCCAAGUUCCAUCAUGGGACCUGCAGUAGUCGGGACCCUGAGCCAAGGAAGGAACAAGCGGAAGUGUUUGCAGCUGCAGCGGGGGUGGAGAUGGAGCCCUCGGCCAAGUCAGGUGCUGAGGUCUUCAUUGAAGAGAUGAUGGCACUGGUAUCGCAGACUCUUGCCCGGAUGGAGGUGUCUGAACACUAUGAGGUGAUCCGUGAACUGGGAGCUGGUGCCUUUGGCACUGUCCAGCUAGUCCGCCACAGGGUCCAAGGAACGCUGCUUGCCCUGAAGCUGAUGGAGAAGAGGAGGACGGGGGUACGCUGCUUCCUCCGGGAAUACAGCACUGGUCUCUUCCUGUCUCCACACCCCUUUAUCACGUCUGCCCUCGGCAUUGCCUUCGAAUCCCCGCAGCACUACGUCUUCGUGCAGGAGUACGCCCCCAUUGGGGACCUCUUCGAGGUGAUCCAGCCUAUGGUGGGCGUCCCGGAGGCCUCAGCCAAGCGAGUGGCCCUGCAGCUGAGCCUGGCCCUGGAGCACCUUCACAGCCGUGGCGUGGUCCACCGUGACCUCAAGCCCGAAAACGUCCUCCUCUUCGACCGAGCCUGCUGCCGUAUCAAGCUAGCCGACUUUGGUCGGGCGCGUGCCGAGGGCCUCAGGCUUCAGGCUGAGGGAAUGAGUGACUCAGACGGGGGGCCCUAUGACGCCCCUGAAGCGGGAGGCGGGGCCCCGGCCAGGCGUCUUGGCCGGCCCGAGGAUGCCUGGGCCCUGGGUGUCCUUCUCUUCGGCCUGCUGACCGGCGCCUUCCCCUGGUGGAGGGCCUCGCCCUCUGACUCCGCCUUCUGCGCCUUCCGCCGCUGGCGGGAAGGGACAGCCGCAGGGGGAGAGGGAGGGGCUGAGGGGAAGCUCCUUCCUCCUCCUCCGGCUCUCCCAUCGCAUUGGCGUGGGAUCGCCCCAGCUGCCCUCCUGUUGCUCCGUGGCCUGUUGGCACUCCGGCCAGAAGAGAGGGCUUCAGUUGGGGCAGUGCGGGACCAGCUGAGGCAGCGCUGGCGCCGGGAUGAGGUGGAGGGGGAGGCCAGCCAGGGCAACAGGUCAGCAGCAGGGAGCAGUCCCAAGGAGGGAUGA